CAGAAUAGACCCCAUUGUAAUUCUGUAAAAAUAAAAUUAACGCAUACGUUAAAUUUCCAAAAAAAUUAACAUACGUUAAAAUUAGUUCAAAUUUGCAAUAAAAAGUAUGGUUAAGUUUUAAGGUCUGUCAAAUAAAUGUCAUUCCUUCUGUCAUAUUUAUUCUGUUUUUGCGGGCACCGAUCUCGGAUCCCGAUCAUCCGAACAACCGAUUGCAGCCGAUUGUUCAUUUUUUGUGUCUUGUGUAAUCCAUUGCUCUGUCACCCGGUAUAUCUUAGGUACUCUACCCACUCGUUAAAAAAUCGAAGUAAUGUAUAUGCGAUAAAAACAUAAUAAACAUAAACUGAGGAAUAAUAACAAUUAAAAAAAUGGCUUCGCCUCUUGUAGGCCCAACACCUAGUUUGGUUCAAAACAUCAAAUAUAAUGGUUCUGAAACAGAAUUCUCAACAGAAAUUAAAGGAGAAAAAGUAAUAAUUCAUUGUAAUGAGGGAAUUCAUAAUCAUGGAAGUUCUAAAGUCAAAUUAAUUGAUCGUAUAGAUUACAACUGGGAAUUUAGGUAUUAUCAUGGACACCUUGUAGCAGCUCACAUUUGUGGCAAAGUAAUAGCUUAUGGAAUGAAAGGCAAGGAAGGUGGUAUGGUAAGAGUAACUAAUCAAGAGAACAAUAACAGGACCUUAAUCAAAAAUUUAAAAGAUGAUAUUAAGGAUUUAGCUUUUGCCUUUUCUAGAGAAGAAAUUAUUUUAGGUUGUGUAGAUACUGAAGGAAAUAUAUUGGUUUAUAAAAUAGAUGACACACCACAUGCACUUACGUACACUUUACUUCUACAUAUUUAUCACCAUGAUGGGGGAAGACCCAAAACAAAUUAUAGGUUAAUAUGGUGUCCGUAUUUAUCAGUUGACGAUGAAGAUAAUAGUGAUGAACCCGAAAAAAUGUUUGUAGUUUUAAAUGGAACCAAAGCUGAAAUAUACAAUGUUGAAAUGCUAAUUUCUAAAUAUGGUAAAGGGGGUCCUUUAGACCCAGAUGAUACUUUUGAGGGGUAUAUAGAAAUAGGCCACAAUUCCGAAGUAGUAGAUGCAUCUUUUUCAUCAGAUGGUACUGCAAUAGCAAUUGCUUCAACAGAUGGUUAUGUAAAAUUUUUUCAGCUUUAUAUGUUUGACAAUGAAAAACAAAAGUGCCUGCAUGAGUGGAGACCUCAUGAUGGAGCACCUCUUUCUUCAAUUAUUUUCAUUGAUAAUGUAUUGGAGUAUAGUUCUGAGUGCUGGAAAUUCACAAUAACUGGUGCUAACAACAAUUCUGAAAUUAAAUUAUGGUCUUGUGAAAGUUGGACAUGCAUUCAAACCAUCUAUUUUAAGUCUGAUCCUUCAGGCCUUAUAUCUGGACUUUAUUUGAAUAUCAAUAUAGACUAUACCGGAAAAUAUCUGGUCGUUUCUGAUAUUAACAAUAGAGUUAUCUAUGUAUUGGAGUUAAACAGAAAUGAUAAAGAACAAACAGUACAUGUUACAAUGCUGUCUGAAUUUCUUCUACCAGCUCCAUUUCUCAGUUUGCACAUUUUAGAAGCAAGUAGCCGAUUAAUGCCAUUUUCUUAUAACACUAGCACUGAAGAUUUAUAUGACGAACGAGAAGAUUAUGAUGAAGAACAAGAAAAAACUGCAGUUUGCUUAAAAAUGCUAGUUAUACAACCAAAGAAAUUCCAAGAAUGCAAUAUAGUAUUUCAACCUGAAAAUUUAUCUUUUAACACUCUGAAUGGAAUUGAAGAAGAACCAAUAGUAGAGGAGAAAAUUCCUAAAUUAGACGAUUUACAAGAAUCUGUUUCUUUGUUGAUUCAACAGAAGAGUAGCUCAUCAAAUCUUACUCUUAUGACACCAGAUGAUUUUACUUCUCCUACACAAAAUACAAGACCUAGUAGCGUUAAAAUUGAAACAUCUAACUCUUUAGUAGACAAGUCUAUAAAUGAAAUAGAUAUAGAUGACUCAAUUGUUGAUAAUCUCAUCGAUUUUCAGAGACCUCAAAAGGACAAUUUUGCUAGUGGCGGUUCUAGUCCUAGCAGAGAAGUUCAAGAAAUUUUAUCUCUCAACAACUCUUCUUAUAGUACACAAGAUUUCUUUGAUAAUCUUCCAAAGCCCCAAGAAUCUGAAGAGGAACCCCAGAAGGAUUACUCAAAUCAAACCAACUUGAAAUUCAAAGACACUUUGGCCAAUGAUGUAGUUUGGCCUACGAUUCCAGUUGUCCCAGAAAAUGAUCUGAUAAAAGAUGAAAGUCUAAGAAAAGAGUUGAGGUUGAGUAGUGCAGAUGAAAAAUCUCAAAUACAGCUAUUAUGUUUCAGAAUAAAUGCUUUAGAAAAUAUUGUUCGUGAAAAAAUAACCCAAGACAAAUUUGAUAAAGAUGAUUACAUGAAAGAAUUAGAUAUUGCCAUGUCUAAACAACAAUUGCAAAUUGCUAAAAUGUUGGAAAGUCUGGUUAGCAUGCAGAAAAAUAAUGAGCGAGAUUUACAAGAGCACAUUUUGUCCACAGUAACCCAAGUUUUGAGUAAAUCUUUGUCUGAAAAGUUGCAAACGAUUAUGACUCAUGAAGUUAAACAUGUUAUUUUACCAUCAAUUCAUAAUCAAAUAGAUUCUUAUAGGCAUAAUAUGGAGUCUCAGUAUGUUCAGAAGUUAACAAAUAUUGAUAACACAUUGAGGGAUAAUAUUGCAAAGGCUUUCAAUAAUAAGGCCCUAGCUGAUACCUUAAGCCUGUCUAUAGCUCCUAUUUUGGAAAAAUGUUAUCGUGACAUUAUAACAUCAACCAUUAUUCCAUCGUGGGAAAGAGUUUGUGGGCAGAUGUUUCAACAGAUAAAUGAAACCUUUACUCGCGGGACCAAAGAAUAUACGGCAUCUGUAGAGAGUUACAUGGACAAGCAAAGAAGGGUACAAGAGAAAGAAAAGGAUCUUAUUUUACAAAUGCAGACCGUUUCAGAAAGUAUGAGAGGUAAUGCUGAUAAACUGACCGGUACUCUUACUUCGGAAAUUCACAAACAAUUUAACAACGUAUUCAAAAGCAUGAAUGAUAAGUGGACCAACAUUAUUCGGGACGUAGUGGCAGAGCAAGUGGAACAUGGAUUCAAGAACCAUGCUACAGUUAUAGAGGAUAGUGUAAUAAAUGCUGUCAGAUCCAGAGCUGUCACACCAUCUCCAAAUAUUGACGCACACGUGGUAACGAUUAGUCAAAUUCAGCAGGCUCUGGCCAGGCAUAGCUAUUACGAAGCAUUCCAACUAGCAUUGAGUGCAGAAAAUUUGAAUUACGUGAUUUAUGUUUGUGAACGUGUCGACACACAAACUUUGUUUACAGAAGAUUGUGUGCUGCCUCAAAGUUGUCUGCUAGCUCUUAUCCAACAACUUAGUAUGGAGCUGAACAAGAACACGGAACUAAAGUUGAGUUACAUCCGAGCAGCGUUUUUAUCUCUAUCUGCAGACUGUCAACCCACAAAACAAUUUGUCCCUAAGGUGCUAAAAGAUUUGUUGAAGCAACUAAAUAGUUUUCUUCAGUCCAACCCGCCACUGAAGCAUCUAAAAGAUGCAAGACUCAUUAAAAUGGCUGUGGAAAGUAUGAUAGUUUAAAACUUAUCCAUAAAAUGAAAUAUUUUAUUAUUGUUAACAGAACCAGUUUUUUGUUUUGUAUUAUUAGUAAUAAGGAUGAUAAUGUGCUCUGCAAUGUUUAAUUAUUAUAGACUUGCAGGUUUAUUUUUUUAUAAAAGUUUCUUCAAUGUAAUUAUAAGUUAAUAUUAAAGUUCUUGUUAAGACUGUG